UGCAGAGAGGAGCACAUGCGCUUUGCGGAGCGGGAGUGUGAAACAAAACAUCUGUAAUUGAAGAAAAAUCAACCCUGUUACAAAGAAAAUGAACAGUAUGGGAGAUCACUGGAAUAUGACAACAGAUAUCCGGGUGGAAGAUCCUGAGAUUUCACAGAUAAUUAUUAAUGAAAAAGACCGACAGAGAAGAGGGCUGGAACUAAUUGCCUCUGAGAACUUCACCAGCAAGGCAGUUCACCAGGCUUUAGGAUCAUGUCUGACCAACAAGUAUUCUGAGGGUCAGCCAGGUCAAAGGUAUUAUGGUGGAAAUGAAUACAUUGACCAAAUUGAACUGUUGUGCCAGAAGAGAGCAUUGCAGGCUUAUGGAUUGGAUGCUGACAAAUGGGGUGUGAAUGUACAGCCUCUGUCUGGAUCACCAGCCAACUUUGCUGUAUACACUGCCCUGGUGGGACCUCAUGGACGCAUCAUGGGUCUUUAUCUACCUGAUGGGGGUCAUCUCAGUCAUGGUUUUAUGACACCAUCUAAGAAGAUAUCAGCUACAUCAGUUUACUUUGAGUCUUUUCCUUACAAAGUUGAUCCUAUUACAGGCCUUAUUGAUUAUGACCGCCUCCAUGAAAAUGCCAAAAUGUUUCUUCCAAAGAUGAUUGUAGCAGGUGUGAGUUGCUAUUCAAGAAAUCUUGACUACAAACGUUUUCGAGAGAUUGCCAAUGAGAAUGAUGCUUACCUAUUGGCGGAUAUGGCACAUGUCAGCGGUUUAGUUGCUGCAGGCCUGGUUUCAAACCCUUUUGAAUACUGUGACAUUGUUACAACCACAACCCACAAGACACUCCGAGGACCAAGAUCUGGAAUUAUUUUCUACAGAAAAGGUGUGCGCAAAGUGCUAAAGAAUGGAAAUCAAGUGAUGUAUGACAUGGAAAAAAAGAUCAAUGAAGCAGUGUUUCCUGGGCUACAAGGAGGUCCUCACAACCAUCAGAUAGCUGGUGUUGCUGUAGCCCUGAAGCAGGCAUGCUCACCCGAAUUUAAAGUAUACCAACAACAAGUCAUUAGCAAUGCAAGAACAAUGUGUGCAGCCAUGCAAAAAAGGGGAUACACUAUUGUGACUGGUGGAACAGACAAUCAUCUGAUUUUGGUAGACCUUCGUCCCAACAAGAUUGAUGGAGCUCGUGGAGAGAAAAUCCUCGAGGAAAUUGGCAUUGCCAUCAACAAGAAUACUUGCCCAGGAGACAAGAGUGCCUUGAAACCAAGUGGCCUGAGAAUAGGAACACCUGCACUCACAUCCAGGAACAUGAAAGAAGCUGACUUUGAACAAGUUGUAGAUUUUAUAGACAGAGGAAUCAAUCUGGCUUUGGAAAUUCAGUCCAGUUGUGGACCUACCCUCAAGGAGUUCAAUGCUAAAGUUCAUGAAGAUGAAGCUGUGAGAGCAAAAAUAGCAGCACUCAAGAAAGAGGUGGAAUCUUUCGCACUGACCUUCCCUCUGCCUGGCCAUGAGGAUUGGUAAUGUGGGACCAAAUGUGGAUUGGUAGUGAGCUCAAGACCAAACUAGCUAGAAUGACGGAGAUCUUGAUUGUAAACAUUUCAAAAAAUCUAAAGCUACAAAGGCUAUCAGUGCCAUAUCCUUUGUUGAUUUUUUUUUUGGUGGGAAAAAAAUACAAUUCCAUCCAUCUAUUUACCAUGUUGGUGCUGUACAUGUAUUAUCUACUGUAUAGCAAUAGGUUCAUUCACUGGCGCUAGUUUUCAGGAUUUUGACAAAUAUUUGCUCAAUCUGACUGUAAAGAGGGAGUAGUUAUACUGUUUUUAAGUAGUUUACUAGUUAAAUUGUUGUCCUAGCAGAAGAUCUUUCCUACAUUGACUGUGUAAGCUACACUGGCAUUCCAUAUAUAGUGCUUUAUUGUGACAAAUUUAUCAUCAAGUCCAGGAGAACUAAUGUCAGCUUGAUAUUUUCUGGGCUUUUAUAGUCCAUCAGAGUGUAAAUGGGUAAGCAACAUCAUGACAUGUAUUUAGUAUGUUUAUUUUCAUAUCCCAUCCCCUUCAGCUUUCCUAUUAGUUUAAGAAUGCAAAGGUUUUUUUUUUAAGUGCUUUCAAUUCCCCCUGACAAUUUGUAGUUAUUAUCAAGCAUUUUUUACCAUCAGAAUUUUCUCAAAGGGUUUUGCCCUUGUCAUUCUUUUUCUCGUGCCAUUUGGCUUUUACCAUUUGAAGAGAGAAGCUCACAAAAUCAGGUGAUUGAACUAGUGUGAAUUUUUUGGUAAGGUACAUAUUUAGCCAUGAUCAAAUGCUAAUUGCAAAGUAUGGGUAUACAAGUGCUUUUAUUUGCUUUCACAUUUUCAUUUUGAUAUAAUUAAUACAAGUUUCUUUUUCGUACGUAAGAAGUUAAGUCUGUUCAUCAUGUAGUUUCUUUGUAUGCUACAGUCUUUCACAUAGCUAUUUCAGUAUGAUGGCCAGAUAAUAAGCAUAUACUGUAUAUCAAGUACCUAUAUCUCUUAGAAAUGGGGACGCUUAAAAUUUUGGAAAUUGCACUCUGAACUCUGAAAAAUUUCAAUCAAGUUACUAAUUUGGCCAUCUUUAUACGGGCAUUUUCUUGAAGAUAUUAGUAAUUUUGAAUCAACCACUCUUUGUUUUUGUAUUGCCUUAUUAGGAUAAUAAGUAUAAAAUGUAAUUACUCAUUUUUACACUCAUUGUUUCCAAAGGUUUUAAUUUUGCAAUGGAAUCAAUAAUCCACCAGUUGGACAAAUAUCUCUUUUUUCUAAAGCCCCUAUAGUUAGAAACACAUUGGUUGGAUCUAAACAUACUGACAAUCCUGUGUGUAGGUUUUGAAAAACAAUGAUUUCUUUGAGUUUCAAUAUUUUAACUUGUGAAGAAGGCAUUUUAUCUUGUUUAUUGAUAUUUUUGACAGGUGCCAGUUUAUUGUUUGUACCGCAUUCAUAUUCAUUAAUUGAAGUGUUGUGAUAUAUACAAUUUUACAUGAAAUAGCUUCAUAUUUUCCAAGAAAGAAAAACGUGGUGAAUUAAUAAGACUUCAGAAUGCACUUUUAUCAAGUGAUUUCUCUAAGGAUAUUGAUAUGAGCCAUUUUCAAAACAGCUUGUCAAUUAUGUAUCUUAUGUAUUAUAAGUAUAUAUGUACAUAUAAUUAUGUACUAUUCAGCUACUUUAAAAAGCAGUACGCUAAGAUUUGAGAUUAAUGAUGUAAAUACUAGUAUUUAUGUUUCGGAACAUAGAAUCUCAUAGUUUUAGCUCACUUGGCCGGAAGGGCCAAGUGAGUGUAUGCUGUGGCGUCUGCCGUCAAUUGUCCAUUUAUCAUCCAGUGUCAACUUUUUAACAAAUUCUUCCCAAUAACCAAUUGGGUCAAAAUUGUAAACAAAAAAAAUUUAAUAAAAAAAAACUUUAAAUGAAUUCUUAUGAAUUAAAAAAAGCCUUGAGGCAUGAUAUUUGGCUGGUAUGUUCCCUAUGAUGAAGCUUGGCAAUGUUUGGGAAAAUAAAUGACCUUUACCUAUAUUCAAGGUCACAGGGGUCAAAUUUGUUAAAAUCUUCAAAUGACUU